AUGAGUUGGAUAGAGCAGGACUUGGCUUGUCACAACGUCGGAUUCGCGUUCAUCAUCAAUCACGGCUCGAAACGAGUCUUUGAUUUGAAGACGGAAGAGAAGAUGCUAGUCCCUGACCCGGACGGACCUAUUGUGCACCGUGGAUAUUCGUGGCCCUCGUUAGAGAAAGUAUCUCAAGUGAUUAGUGAGAAUCUCGAGGUUGGAGAACAGUCGAGGCAAUUGGCAGAAGGACCGGGCCUCAAAGAUCCUGAAUUCUUACUGAAAUUCCACUUAGGUCACAAUAAUCAACUUCGACUUCUAUACUACCCUCCUAUUCCAGCAGCUCAACUCGAGAAUGAAUCAAGCGCGAGGAUGCCAGCACACUCGGAUUUCAAUGAUUAUCUGAAGUCCACACUUCGUCGCGUUACUCUGCUACCGGCUCCAGAUUGGUACACUGGUGCUGAUCGUAUGACUCAAACAAAAUACUCGAUUCCAUAUUUCGUAAGCCCGGAGAUCGAUUCGAGAAUUGAGUGCAUAUUGGAGUGUGCAAGUGAGAGCAAUCCGGUUAAAUACGAGCCGGUCGUGCAACCAGAGUACAGACUCAUGCGAGCAAAGUUACAGUACCCAGAGAGGGUAUCGCAGCCUAUCACGGCAUGCGUGUGGUCUGUUGAAAGGUGUCAAGCUUAUAGGGCCUAAGGCAGCUAAGAGACUUGGGAGACUAGUAGAUUUUGUACCUCUAUUAGCGGGCUUCCCAGCCCCUGGUUAGAAUCGAGUAUCAAGGCUUUCAAC